UCACAUUGCUUAGUGAAGGCCGAAGGCUGGGGAUCACCUUGCUUAAAGCACUAAUUGACCAGCUAUCAAAUAACAAAUAUGAACCAGUUGGUAGGAUAGGAGAGGGAACAUUUUUUGAGGGUCUGAAGACAUUGAGCCUUAGGGAUGGAAAGUGCUAUGCCUGUAAGCACAGGAAGCAACAUUUUGAAAGUGUAGAACAAGUGAAUAAUCUGAGAGAAAUACAAUUGCUAAGGAGGCAGAGUCUGCAUCCUAAUACCCUUAUGUUACAUGAAGUUGUUUUCUAAGUGUGGUUGAUAAAAAAAGCUGUGUCCCUUUCGCUGAUAUGUGAACUUACGGACAUGAGAAGGAGAAAGCCAUUACCUGAAAGCAUGUACCAGUUACGCAAAUCUCUUGAUUACAUACACGGAAAUGGGAUAUUUCAGAGAGAUGUGAAACCAGAGAACGUUAAUAAAGAAACAAGCAGUGGGGUUCAGUUCUGCAGCUCGCUCUUUCUACAGUCAGUUCCUACCUUUACGGGAUGUUAUUCGUACAAAAGCGAGCAGAGGCCCAAUACCCUGCAGUCAGGAGAUUUUGGAUCUUGUAGGAGUAUCUAUUAUAAGCAGCCGCGUACGGAAUAUAUCUCCACACACUGGUACCGAGCACCUGAAUGCUUACUUACAAAUGGCUGCUAGAGUUACCAAAGUAUGUGGGGUGCUGGCUGUGUUUUCCAUGAAAUCACAAGUUUUGAGCCUGUCCUUCCUGGAUCCAAUGUGCUGGACCAAAUUUCAAAAAUCCAUCACGUUAUAGGCACUCCUGCUACCAAGACUCUCCACCAGGUCAAGCAGUCAAGAAUUGUGAGUUUUGAUUUCCCCUUUAAAAAAGGCAAAGGAAUACCUCCCACUGUGCAUAAUUUGUCUCCCAAAGGCUUCUCUUCUCUCCUCUAUGCAAUGAUAAAAUAUGAUCCCGAUGAGAGAAUUGCUGCCCAUCAAGCAUUACAGCACCCUUAUUUUCAAGAACCCUGGGCAGCUGAUAGACAAGCUUUAGCCAUGCACAAAAAUUUCAGAUUACUAGGAAAUACGUCAGGGCAAGUACCUCUGCAUUUGUGGCAAACUUCAAAGGAAAGUCAAAGACAGCAUUCUUUUAGGAAAAUCCAGGAAAAAACCCAACAACAUGGACUUCCUCAUGGAGAAUUAUCAAAAUUAAAUCCUUCUGGAGUAGCCACAUUGACUCCCUGUUCUGCUCCUCCGUUGCAUUCAGUUUUCUGGGCACCUCAGGAGAGGGGUGAAACCCCAGUGUUACAGUCUGUUAGAUGUAUUGGAUCAAAUACCGAGUCUGAGAAACAGGGGGCACUGAAACAUUUCCACUUACCUGCUCUAGAGCGAAGAGGGGGAGGUUACUGA